AAACAACGUAAAACUUGCGGACGGAAAAUCCAUACGCACACACUUGAUGAACGCGUUGAUGCAAUAGGGAGAGUGCAUGAAAUCUAAUUAUAAUAAAAUUCCGAGUAAUAGAAAUAUUGAUGAAUGGUACUGGUAAAGUAUCUAAGUGAACCGAAUUGAGGGAGAAUUUUGAUGAAAAACUAGUAAUUAAAAAAUUGGGGAAAAUGUCGUUGUUGUCGCAGGUGCUUAGUUUGGCUAUAAACUUUUUGAGUGUUCCGUUUAGUGAAAAUAGUGAAAAUUCGAGACUUGCGAGAAGUGACAAUGCGAUUUUUCCAUUCGACAUCCUUAGAACCCUGCCUGAACCGUGCACAACGUUUUCUUUAGAAAUGGGUGAAAAUGAACUGAAAAUGACAGCCCUGCCGCGCGGCCUUUGCUCCAAUUGUUGCCCGGUGGAAUUUCCCAAAGACAUCCGUUUCGUCGCCUACUCGAAAGAAAAUCUCAAUGGAAAACUGAUGAAACUGAGAAGCGGCGAAGCCAGGCGUGUAGGCGUCGAUAGGAAUCUACCCACCGUUAUUUUCAUCCACGGUUUUUCCGAAGGCUCGCCUGGUCACAGCGGAAGGACAAUUUUGAAUGCGUACUUCUCCAGACCGGAAGCUCGCAACUUGAUCUUGUUGGACUGGUCCGAAUUGGCAACGUUUCCUUGGUACCAAAAUGCCGUGGUCAAUGUUAAGCACGUGUCUCAACGAUUGCGUACAUUCAUCGAGAUCUUCCACGAUAGCGGAGAAAUACCGAUAGACAAUUUACAUGUAAUUGGAUUCAGUUUGGGUUGCCACGUAGCCGGCCUGGCGGGCAAACUGCUCAGGAGUGACCUUAAAAUUCCGAGAAUCACCGGGCUGGAUCCCGCUUUGCCCGAAUAUUCUCUUGGAGACCGUUCAAAACGAUUAUCCUACGAAGACGCGAAAUAUGUGGAUAUUAUCCAUACAGAUGCAGGAAUAUUUGGUUUUCCAAUAGCAAUAGGUCAUGCUGACUUUUUCCCCAACGGUGGAAGAGCUCUGCAACCAGGUUGCCAACCUAGUUAUCUCGUUAGACAAAGAAUAGUCGAUCAAGUGUUGGCCUGUAGCCACGUCAGAGCUUGGCAGCUAUAUGCUGAAUCAGUGAUAAACGAAAGAGCAUUUCCGGCCACACGAUGCUCAUUGUGGAGAGGGCCGGAAAAAGAGUGCGAUUUUUCCGUAGAUGCGUACAUGGGAUUCGGUAAUAAUAACAAAACAUUUGGAUCAUACUAUCUCAUAACAAACGAAAAUAAACCUUAUGGAAGAAGAUCCUAGGCAGACAAUCUUUUUAGUAAAGCCGACUAUGUUACGGUCAUCUAGAAAAACACUAUAGUCAUUGUACAAAUAAUUUAUAUUAGUAAUAAGAAAUGUAAAAAGUACUUAAUAAAAUAGUC